AUAAAGCACUAUCACUACACCAUGUCUUGCAGUCUCUAGCAAUUAUACAAUUAUUUUGUUUUUCGGUCUCAAGGCAACUAAUCUUAUGCUUCUGUUCUUCCCACACCCUGGGACAGGCACCACAAUCCACAUCCUUCAAAUAUCUAGCAAACUCUAUUUGAUUAUUGUUUUAUUUUUUCCAUUGUGGGCAUCUUUCCCUGUUCAAGAGAGCAGCACCCACAUAAGGAGGAUCAUUCCAUGUACUUAAGUCCCACCCUUCCUCCAAGGAUUUCAAGUGGUGUGGCAGCAGCUCUGGAAGUAGCUGUAAUACAGUGGAAGACAAUGGCAGGCUAUUUUGAAGAGCUUUAUGCUUUGAGUAUCAAGAACUCAGACCCUCACACUGCAAGCACAAUUAAGAAGCAAUUUCUAGCACCCAAGAUACAGAAGAUCAAGCUGAUGGGAGAUCUAAUUACCAAUGCUCAGAGGCUUAGGAGCACCCAUGAUAGCAGAGGCGACCUUGAGAACUGUCUUAUAGACCGUUUGCAAGAAGAACUGAAGAUUGGGCCAGAUUCAGAAGCUCACUGCAAUCUCUGUGCACCACUUCAGAAAUGGUCAGGAGCUGCAAAUGAGCUACAACUUCUACAAGAGGAAUUCCCUCAGCACAAGAACAGCAUAAUGCCAAAAUACCAAGGCUAACGUUGCUCCCCCUUUCAGCCUCUGUGGAAAGGUUUGUGGGAGGCAGAUCAAAGACAGGAUCACAAAUGGCAUUAGAUUGGUUUGGAUCAUGAAAUACGCCACUGCUGAGCAGUUACAUGAUAUUCAUACAUCAGUGAAUUGGCUCAGCAUAGCUGUCUGUGGGUUGAUGUGGUUUGUGAAAGCCAAGUCCCCACAAACGGUAUCCAUACCAUCAUAAUUUGGUUAUUGUUAACUUUGUUUAUUUCAUUAUGUCUUAAAAAAUAGUUGGUCUAUCAUGGCCUUCAGCCCCUUUAUAAAUGUAAGGACUCCUUCCAUUCACAGAAAAGUUGCACUGGCUCUAACCCACAACCUUCCAGACAGUGAUGUAUCUCUACUAUAGCCAUGCAUUAGGUUAACUUGAAUAAGGGCAUCAAUAAUUUUAGCUUUCUCUAUUAUAU